UGAACAGUGGAUAUCAAUCAUUUUCUUUCUAGAGGUUGAGUUCCCAGUUCCUUCCCACCCCACCUAGUGAUACCUGCGACAUUGCAAGGCCAAAGAACUACGUGAAUGAUUAACAACAAGACGGGAGGAAGGGUUCGUUGAACAUCGAAGGACAAAAGAAUGGAAAUGGUGUCAGAUGAUUAUGGAUCUUUCAUAGAUAAAUUCACACUCCAACCAUUUUUUUCUUCUCCACAGCUCCCCUUACAUGGCCUCACAUUUUCUUUAAAAGAUAUGUAAUUCCCCUCGACCCUCUCGCAGAAAGAGCUAGUUAUGUAAUUCAGUUCGAAUCCGGCGAGUUUACUCCAUUGGUUGAUCAUCAAGUGUUUCACUAUUUCCUGUUUAGUAACUUAUACAUAUACUAAGUAACAUAUAGAUUAGUAUUUAUUCCUUUCUGAAUAACAAAGAGUAAUAAUUUUGGCACUAGAUUCGAUGUGGAAGGUUAUGUGACGGAAUUUGGGAACCCGGAUUGGGCAAGGACUCAUUCUGCAGCAACAUCAACUUCACCUGUGGUUUUGGAUCUUCUAAGGGCAGGUGCCACUGCUGUUGGCAAGACUGUCAUGGAUGAAAUGGCAUACAGUAUAAACGGUGAGAACAUCCACUAUGGGACACCCAGAAAUCCAUGUGCUGCAGAUAGGGUUCCUGGAGGGUCAUCUAGUGGAUCUGCUGUGAGUGUUGGUGCGAUGCUGGUGGACUUCUCCUUAGGUACUGACACUGGGGGAAGUGUAAGAGUCCCUGCAUCCUACUGUGGAAUAUUUGGAAUCCGACCGUCUCAUGGAGUUGUUUCGACUGCUGGAGUUAUUCCAAUGGCACAAAGUUUUGAUACAGUUGGAUGGUUUGCGAGGAAUUCAUCAAUCUUAAAGAAAGUAGGAGAAGUCUUAUUGCCUUCUCAAAACUUGCAUCCCACUAGACCUGAUCAAGUUAUCAUUGCAGAGGAUUGUUUCAAGCUUCAAGACUUUUGGGGCAUCCAGUCCACAAAAGCGUUUGAAGAUUCAGUAAAGAAAAUAUACGGAUGUGAGACCAUUAAACACACAAGUUUGGGAGAGUUUGUUGAGAAUAAUGUUCCAAGUCUGAAAUCUUUCAUGGACCAAGGAUAUGGAGAUCAAGAAUAUAUACCCUCUUUAUUAGCUCUUUCAAAUGCUAUGCGGUUGCUUCAAAGAUACGAAUUCAAGAAGAACCAUGGUGAAUGGGUUAGCACAGUUAAGCCAAAUUUAGGUCCAGGGAUAGCAGAACGGGUUUGGGAAGCACUCAAAACUACGGAUGAGAAGAUAGAUGUCUGUCUCUCUAUAAAGUCUGAACUAAAAGAAGCUCUCGGGACACUCUUGGGGGAUGGUGGCAUACUUGUGAUACCUACUGUUCCUGGAGCUCCACCAAAGCUACAGACAGAUCCCAACAGCUUGGAAGCCUUUCGUGUGAAAGCUUUUAGUCUAUUAUCCGUUGCUGGAAUAUCGGGUUUUUGUCAGGUAAACAUACCACUCGAAGCAUAUGGCAACCUUCCUGUUGGAAUAUCAUUGUUGGCAAAGCAUGGCUCUGAUCUUUUCCUUCUCAAUACUGUUGAUGCUAUCCAUGGAAGUCUCCAGGAGCAGGUUGAAUUGUUAAAAGACUGAUUACUCUUUUCUUUAGCAAGUUUCUGUGCAUAAUUGUUUCUUAUUCCUACUCUCCCUUUUUACAUUCUAAAACAACUACUUAUCAUACACAGCAAUUUCUCAUCUCAAGAUACUGGCCAGCAAUUGUUGGACUUCAAUAGAUAUCCAAAAGUUUUUAAUUAGUGGAAAUUCAUUUUAAC